UACUUUCAAGUGUUUUUCCUCACUUCAUUUUCUCUUUCUCUCUCUUUCAUUUUUCACUCUCGCUCUAGAUUCUCUCUGCGAAAUUUCCUUACUGAAUUGGAGCUGAAUCUGAAUCUAAGCGCGAAUUGUGUUGGUGGAUCUAUCUUGUCCUCUGCGAAUUUGGCAGGUGAAGAGCACCGGAUUCCGCUCCUUCCCGGCGGCGGAUCUGAGCGGAGAUGGCGUUGUCCGGGAUGAGAGGUCUAUCGGUGUUCAUCAGCGACGUUCGCAAUAGCCAGAACAAAGAGCAGGAGAGACUCCGCGUCGACAAGGAGCUCGGCAACAUCCGAACUCGCUUCAAAAACGACAAGGGUGUGGCACCAUAUGAGAAAAAGAAAUAUGUUUGGAAAAUGCUUUACAUAUAUAUGCUUGGCUAUGAUGUGGAUUUUGGCCACAUGGAAGUUGUUUCUCUCAUAUCUGCUCCAAAGUAUCCAGAAAAGCAGGUUGGAUACAUUGUGACAUCAUCUUUGCUGAAUGAAAAUCAUGAAUUUCUGAGAUUGGCAAUAAAUACUGUGCGCAACGAUAUUAUUGGUCGCAAUGAAACAUUCCAAUGCCUAGCAUUGACCAUGGUUGGAAAUAUUGGUGGGAGAGAAUUUUCCGAGUCCUUAGCACCUGAUGUACAGACGUUGCUGUUAUCUAGCAGCUGUAGACCACUUGUGAGAAAAAAAGCUGCUUUGUGCUUGCUGAGGUUGUACAGGAAAAAUCCUGAUGUCGUCAAUGUAGAUGGGUGGGCGGAUCGGAUGGCCCAACUUUUGGACGAACGAGACCUUGGUGUUUUGACAUCUUCUAUGAGUCUUCUUGUUGCCUUAGUGUCAAACAAUUACGAGGCAUAUUGGAGUUGUCUUCCAAAAUGUGUGAAAAUUUUAGAGCGCCUUGCUAGGAACCAGGAUAUUCCACAAGAAUACACUUACUAUGGUAUCCCAUCUCCCUGGCUUCAGGUCAAAACAAUGAGGGCUCUUCAGUAUUUUCCUUCCAUUGAAGAUCCAAAUACCAGAAGAUCAUUGUUUGAGGUUUUACAAAGGAUACUGAUGGGCACUGAUGUUGUGAAAAAUGUGAACAAAAAUAAUGCAUCCCAUGCUGUUCUUUUUGAAGCCCUUGCUCUGGUGAUGCAUCUUGAUGCUGAAAAAGAGAUGAUGUCUCAAUGUGUGGCUCUUCUUGGAAAAUUUAUUGCUGUCCGUGAGCCAAACAUUCGAUAUCUUGGCUUGGAAAAUAUGACUAGAAUGUUUAUGGUUACUGAUGUGCAAGAUAUCAUAAAAAGACAUCAGGCUCAGAUUAUUACCUCAUUGAAGGAUCCUGACAUCAGUAUUCGGAGGCGAGCUCUAGAUUUGCUUUAUAGCAUGUGUGAUGUUUCAAAUGCAAAGGAUAUAGUUGAAGAACUACUGCAGUAUCUCAGCACAGCAGAGUUUGCAAUGCGAGAGGAAUUAGCACUGAAAGCAGCUAUUGUUGCUGAGAAGUUUGCGCCAGAUCUUUCAUGGUAUGUUGAUGUGAUUCUUCAAUUAAUUGACAAGGCUGGAGAAUUUGUUAGUGAUGACAUCUGGUUCCGUGUGGUGCAAUUUGUUACAAACAACGAAGACCUACAGUCCUACGCUGCAGCAAAAGCUCGGGAGUAUCUUGAUAAAUCUGCCAUACACGAGACAAUGGUUAAAGUUAGUGCAUACAUCCUUGGAGAGUUUGGACACCUUCUAGUGAGACAACCCGGUUGUAGUCCAAAAGAAAUAUUUAACAUUAUACAUGAGAAGCUUCCUACUGUAUCGACUUCCACUAUUCCUAUUCUCCUCUCAACAUAUGCUAAAAUUCUUAUGCACACUCAACCACCAGACCCUGAACUACAGAAUCAGAUAUGGGCAAUAUUUAAGAAAUAUGAGAGUUGCAUUGAAGUUGAGAUACAGCAACGAGCUGUUGAAUAUUUUGCACUGAGUAGAAAAGGUGCGGUUCUAGUAGAUAUAUUGGCUGAAAUGCCUAAAUUCCCUGAGCGGCAGUCUGCAUUGAUAAAAAAGGCUGAAGAUACUGAAGUCGAUACUGCAGAACAAAGUGCUAUAAAGUUGCGAGCUCAGCAGCUUUCUCAAACUUCAAAUACUUUGGUUGUAACUGACCAACGCCCUGCCAAUGGAACGCCACCUGUCAGCCAACUUGGUAUUGUAAAGAUGCCCAACCCCAGCUCAAACAGUAAUGUGGAUAAUAAUUCAGAAGAUCAAAGUUUAUCCCAGGAAAAUGGGACUAUGAGUAAAGUAGGUUCUCAACCUCCCCCUGCCGAUCUCCUCGGUGAUCUCUUGGCUAUUGAGGGCCCUCCCAGUAGCAGUGUCCAACCUCAGCCCAGUACAAAUUGGGAACUGGAAGGUACUGCAGUUGAAUCCUCAGCCAUAGUACCUGCUGGAGAGCAGGGCAAUUCUUUGCAGCCAAUUGGAAAUACUGCUGAAAGAUUUCUUUCUUUGUGCUUGAAGGAUAGUGGGGUUCUAUAUGAGGAUCCUUACAUUCAGGUUGGCAUCAAAGCAGAAUGGAGAGCUCAUCAUGGGCGUCUUGUUCUUUUCUUGGGGAACAAGAAUACUUAUCCUCUUGUCUCUGUUCAAGCUGUAAUAUUGCCUCCCACUCAUUUGAAGAUUGAGCUCUCACUAGUACCAGAAACUAUACCUCCCCGGGCACAGGUGCAAUGCCCACUUGAAAUCAUUAAUCUCCACCCGAGCAGGGAUGUGGCUGUUCUUGACUUCUCCUACAAGUUUGGUAACGAUAUGGUCAAUGCCAGACUUCGCCUUCCGGCUGUCCUGAAUAAAUUUCUUCAGCCUAUAGUAGUAUCUGCUGUGGAGUUUUUCCCUCAAUGGAGAUCACUUACUGGACCACCUUUAAAGGUUCAAGAAGUGGUUAGAGGUGUUAGACCACUUCAACUGCUUGAAUUGGCAAACUUUUUCAAUAGUUACUCUUUGACCAUUUGCCCAGGGCUUGACCCCAAUCCAAACAAUCUUGUUGCAAGUACAACAUUCUAUUCAGAAAGUACAAAGGCCAUGCUCUGUUUGGUAAGAAUUGAAACUGAUCCAGCAGACAGAACCCAGCUGCGAAUGACAGUUGCUUCAGGGGACCCAUCACUAACAUUUGAGUUGAAGGAAUUCAUCAAGGAACAACUAGUCAACAUCCCCACAGCAACCCAUAUACCUACUCAAGAACCUCCAACACCACCAAUAGCUCAACAAGCCAAUGCACACGAAGCAUUGACGGACCCUGGGGCGAUGCUGGCUGCUCUUCUGUGACAAUAUAAAGGCGACAAUUCAUGAGGAUGUUCAUUACACUUGUAAACCUGAAUUACACAGCCCCUUUCCUCAAGCUAGUGGGGUGGAUAAAAAAGCCAUGAUGGAAGGGCUGGCGGAAUCGAGGCUGACUUAGUUUGUUAGUAGCUGAGUGUUUGAUAUUUCUGGGUUGAUCGGCAUUUUUUUAGGUUCUUUCAGCAUAAAGUGGUUGUUCCUUAAAAGCGAUUUUAUUAUCAUAUUUGGGCAAGGGUUUUUUUUUCAUAUAUUUUUUACCCUUUCCUGUUUUCACUGGAUUGCUUGUGGUGCACAUAAAUUUUAUAGCAUGUAAAAUCUUGCAUAGGAAAGAACAAAUUUUAUCGGUUUGAAAUAUUUAUACCCUAAAAUUAUAU